AUGAGAUCGGCGCCAGGAACCCAGCCGUCGAAGAGCGAUCCCUGGGAUCUGGCAAAAGGCCAGCAGGGCGCGGGAGUAAGGCGGCAGGAGGACACAGAGGAGACGGAGUCGCUGACGUCAGCAAACGAGGCCGACGGCGAGGAGUCGGCGGAGGAUUAUCCAAAGGACGCGGGAGUAGAUCACUCGUCGGAUCGCUCAGCAGACGAAGUGCGUGGGCGUGGCGAGAGGCGACGCGGGGGCGCGGAAGCAGAUCGCGCGCCAGAGGAGGUGCGCGGAGGUGACGUGAGGCGCCAGGGGAGCCGCGCAGAUGCAGAUCGCGCACCAGAGGAAAUGCGCAAAGGUGACGUGAGGCGCCAAGGGAGCCGCGCGGAUGCAGAUCACGCACCAGAGGAGGUGCGCGGAGGUGACGUGAGGCGCCAGGGGAGCCGCGCGGAUGCAGGUUGCGCACCAGAGGAGAUGCGCGGAGGUGACGUGAGGCGCCAGGGGAGCCGCACGGAUGCAGGUUGCGCACCAGAGGAGAUGCGCGGAGGUGACGUGAGGCGCCAGGGGAGCCGCGCGGAUGCAGGUUGCGCACCAGAGGGGAUGCGCGGAAGUGGCAUGAGGCGUCGCAGGAACAUGGCGGCAGAUCACGCGGCAGCUGGGCAUCGAGAAGAUGAGGGUCGAUGUCAUGAACCCGCAGAAGCGCAUCACUCGCCCGAGCCAAGGCAAGGCCAUGAGAGAAGGAGGCACAUGGCGAUGGGGCGAUCGCCGGAGAGGCAGGAAGAGGAAGCAGAAGAAGAAUAUGAGGAACAGCGCGAGCUGCGCUCGCCAACAUGGGGGCGGAGCCACCAGGGGGAGGCGCGGGUCAGGAGUGGUGACCGUUCGUUGCCAGGCCCCUCAGGAGCAGAUGCAAGAGCGAGCCGGGAAGGAAAGGAAGUGUACCCACGAGGAAGGGCAGAGGCUGCGAAGGAUUUGGGCGGAGAGGCAAGGAGGCGACAAGAGAGAGAGGGACGAAUCAGGAAGGGCGAGGGAGAGCGCUAUCGCCGUGAGCUAUCACCUGGUGAGGAGGCUGGAAGAGAGGACCAUAGCCGCCAAGAGUGGGGAGAGCGGGAGAGGCGUCGCGGGGAAUAUUCGCCUAAAAAGGAAGACGGGCAGAUGGGAGGUUCAGAAAGGCGAAGGGAGGCGUAUGAGAACGAACGGGGAAGAAGCCCGAGUCCGGUGUGGUAUAGGAGGCCGUAG